AUGUGGUUACUGCGAUCCCUCGGGGAGCGUAUGAACGCCACACGUACUGUCAAAGAAUUCUGGAUAAGAGUGCUGGAGGGCCUGAAUCACAACGAAUACGACGUACCCUUUGCGCUUCUUUAUACCGUUACCGAGGCAGACGACAUUGAGAAUGGUUCCUCGCAUUCAGAUGCAACGCCAACGUCUGUCAAGUCAUGCGUGUUCGAAGGAUCUAUCGGCGUGCCGAGAGGGCAUGCAGUGUCUCCCGACAAAUUCAGCUUCAAGAACUACGAUGGUAUCUUGACACCUGCUUUUCGAGCAGCUACCCAGACCCUGGAGCCCAGGAUGUUGAGCAUCAAAGACCAUACGCUUCCACAGCCACUGUUAGACAUCAUCGAAUGGCGCGGCUACAAGGAUCCUUGUAGAGAGGCCAUAGUUCUACCUCUACGACCAACCAAUGCAGACAACGUGUGUGCCUUGUCUUUCAUCGCCAUGCUCAAUAGACAGAUCGCCACGUCGUUGGCGUCAGUACUACUUUUCGAAGGUGAAGUGCGGCAAAGCAAAGAAGUCGCUAAGAUGGCUACCCUACAAAGAGAACAGAUGUCUCGACAGCUCCAACUUCAGACCGGACGAAUGCGCCGAAUGACCGAACUAUCGCCCAUGGGCAUGUAUCUAUUCAAUCCGGAUGGACUUUUAUUGGAGGCGAACGAGAAAUACUACGAGAUGACAGGUGUCUCACCUACAGGAACCAAACUACCUUGGACUAUUGAGAUGAUGGUGGGUGAGAGCAAGCAAGUGGCACAAGACAUGUGGAACUAUAUGAUAACUCACCAUAAGCCAGCAAGUCGUGAGCUACAAUUCGCCAAUUCGACAUUCCAGCCCCGAGAUAUCGACGGUUCAUUAAUCGAAUAUUGGGUCCUCUCUGCUAGUCAGCCAGAGCUAAGCCCCGAUGGUGAGCUGAUCAGCAUCAUGGGCUCGCUCACGGACAUUUCGCAUUUGAAGUGGGCGCAGGGUCUGCAAGAACGAAGACUACGAGAGGCAGAAGAGGCGAAGCGUCAACAAAACGAAUUCAUCGACAUCACGUCGCACGAGAUGAGAAACCCGCUUUCCGCGAUCUUGAUAUGUGCCGACGAUAUCAAAGAUACUCUGACGCACUAUAAAUUCUCAUGCACUGGCGAUCAAAAAAUGGCCCAGGACUGUAUCGAGGCUGCUGAAAACAUCGCUCUUUGUGUUCAGCAUCAAAAGUCGAUCGUCGACGAUAUUCUCACGGUCUCAAAGCUGGACUCGAAUCUUCUCCGCAUCACUCCAAUUCCAGCGCAGCCUAUCAUCGUUGUACAGCGGUCUAUGGCAAUGUUCCGUCCUGAAAUACAAGCCAAGAACAUCGACUUCAAGUUCGUUCCGCAUCAGAGUAUCCGAGAUCUCGAAAUUGACUGGGUCAUUCUUGAUCCAAGUCGACUCCUUCAAAUCAUCGUCAACCUUAUUACCAAUGCCAUCAAGUUCACUAUGGACGCACCAGUUCGCUCGAUCACAGUUCAUGUCUGUGCUCAUGCGGAAUCGCCAGACUUUGGCGUACCAGAAGGAUUCCAAUUUGUUCCGCCAAGACAAAUCGUGAGCGAAUUCGGAAACGGCGAGGGUUGGGGCUCAGGCUCGUUCGUCUAUCUUCGGUUCAAUGUCCAGGAUACUGGAUGCGGUUUGUCGCCUCAGCAGAUAUCGCUGCUAUUUGAGAAGUUUGCGCAAGCUGCUGACGAAAUGUUCAAUUUGAAGUCCCCACGAACGCAUAUGCAAUACGGAGGUAGCGGUCUCGGACUCUUCAUCUCGCGUCAACUUGCCGAGCUUCACGGCGGUCAAAUCGGAGUCUCGUCACAAGCUGGCGUCGGCAGUACUUUCGGGUUCUACUUGAAAUGCAAACGCAUGAUUGCAAAAAAGCCUACGAUCUCAACGGACACAGUGAAGCACGCUCUAGACGCCGAACACGCGGCAUCUUCGCGCAAAAUCAGCGCCGCAGCUGCGAACCAGAACUCCACCGCGCCCGCUGCCACGCCUAAGGAAGUUGAGACCCCGGUACAAGCACAGAUUCCCCGGCCCACAAACGACAAGAAAGACGAAGAGAAAGAUGAUCGACUUCACGUUCUUGUCGUCGAAGACAAUCUAGUCAACCAAAAGGUACUGGUGAAACAGCUCACAAAAGCUGGCUGCGUCACACACACCGCCGAUAACGGCGUCUGGGCAUUGAAGCAGCUCGCGAAAACGAAGUUCUGCGAUGCUGAUGGCAUGCCACUCACCAUCAUUCUCAUGGACUGCGAGAUGCCGGAGAUGGACGGCCUCACCUGCUGCAGGAAGAUACGAGAGAUGGAGGAACGGAAAGAGAUUACGAAACAUGUGCCAAUUAUCGCGGUCACCGCGAAUAUUCGAGGGGGACAGAUGGAUGACGCAAAGGAAGCGGGUAUGGAUGAUGUUGUUGGAAAGCCGUUCAGGAUUCCGGAUCUCUUGGCCAAGAUGAAGGCCUUGUUGAAGAAGCUAGAGGACUAA